GCGAAACCUGACUGACAGGCUAUAGAGACACGGGUUACAUUAAGUUUACUACGACAAUAUGGCGUCCAGCUCUUGGCUUUUACCUUUCACCGUCUUUCUGGGAUUCUGUUUAUCAGGUCUUGAAGCUAUACUGUGUCGACGCACCAGAACCUUCAACGGCCUGUUUGAAAACUCCAUCGAAUACCGCUACUGUCCUUAUUCCUGCUGCGGCCAUUACUACCACCAACACUGCUGUGGAACACGGGUUGGGCUGAUCAUUGGAGCUGUUGUUGGUACUGUUGUCCUCAUAGUGGUCGUCAUCACGGUGUUGUGCUGCUUCUGCUGUCGUCGCCGUCGUGCCAAUGGAACGCUCAUGACUAGCUCCGCACCGGGCACUGUCGUUUACCAAACAUCAUCGACCACGAGCGGAUACCCGAUGACGACAACCACCGUCCAGUAUCCUAUAUCACCAUAUAACGCUCCUCCGCCAUCCUAUGACCAGGUUGCAGCACCACCAAUACAGACUGCAGUCGCACACGAUAACUACGGAUUUAAACACUAGAGAAUAGUGGAAAGACUUUAUUGCAUUGCAGUCUGGAACCCCUAGGCCCAACAGGCGUGGGGUUUUUUUUAAUAGAGGGGGCCCAAAAUCCGUUGUUGUUAUUUUUGAAAAUAGAAUUUAAAGGUCCUUGACAGGUGAACGGAACAAGUUUGCUUUUUUUUUUUAUAGUGUAUUCUGUAAUAUACAAUGUAUAUUGUUUUACCAAAAAUAGGGGGGCCAGGGCCGCUUGGGCCCCCUUCUGAAUCCGCGCAUGCCGAUAGUUGAAUUUUUUAAACUUAAUUUGAUAUGUAUGUGUACCCCUCUGCUAAUUUUGUUUGACCUUUGGAUCACCUGAAGUAAAUUGUGGGCCACAUGUUGCUAAAAGAUAUAAUAUAUUGUAUUAAUAAUGCACAUCUUAAAGAGAAACUGUGCGGCUUUUGUUGUGAUUCCAGAUGUGUUAAAGGGACAGACCCUAGUUAUUUAAACACUAAGGCAUGUUUUUCACUAUUAGAGCCGUUUAUGAUCACUGAAAUCAAACAUUACUUAUAUUUUGUUGUUUAGAUUAUC